AUGGAGAGAGCCGGGAACGGCACCGGGAACGGCACCGGGAACGGCACCGGGAACGGCACCGGGAAUGACCCCGGGAAUGGCAGCGGGAGCGGGCGGGCAGCGCCGCCUGGCGGCCGCGGGCGGGCAUUGCUGUGCCUGGCGCUGCUGCUGCUGCUGCCCCCGGCCCGGGCCCUGCCCAGCGCGGAGCGGGCACCGACCGACCCUGACCGGGCACUGCCCAGCACGGAGCGGGCACUGACCCACCCGGAGCGCUGCCUCAACCGCUCCCGGCAGCUCCUGGAGGCCGCCAACGCCGCCCCGCAGCGGCUGAAGGAAUCCAACACCCUGGGGUUUGAAUGCACCCUCGAGGAGGUGGAUCUGCACGACAUCACUGAGAACCAGACCAACACCCUCAGAGCCUGCACAGCUGCGGAUCCAGGGCCUGGAAAUUGCCCAGUCCUGGAAAAAUCAACUUUUGAUGAGGGAAAAUGCCUGCAGGGCAUCUCUGAGGACGUGAGAGCCUACAGGGCCCAGCUGAGGAGCCUCCCUGACCCGCAGCUGCUGGCAGCCCUCGAUGGGAUGAUGGAGGCCCUGGGCAGCAGCACCGGGCAGGUUCUGGAGGCACUGGGAUCACUGGGACCAUGGGGAUCACUGGGAUCGGCGCCGUUCGCGGCGCGGCUGCGGCUCUGCGCGACGCUCCAGGCCCUGCGCAUCCGCAGCGUCACCAUCUCCAGGGUGCUGAGCUUCCUCAGCUCCCCCUGA